AUGAAGUCGGAGAAAGUUCUAGCAGGAUCUGAUCCAUCAUGGCAAGAGUUGGCUGAUCUUCAUCGUAAAGCUGUGUAUGAUGUCUUGUGUCGAAAUUUGCCUUACUUGGAUUCGUUAUUAGAAUCGCUGAGUGCUGAUGAUUACUCGAUGACUUUUGUGACGGUAUUGUUUGUUAAGAUGAAUCAAGUGUACACCGAGUCUAUCAAGAAUCGGUUCGAACAAACUUUAUCUCAAGUCGAGUCGAUAAUCCCAUUUUUGAACAGUAGUCAUAUCUCAUUUAUUCCUGAUAUUUACAUAUCGCUUUUUCGAAAAGUUUAUGAUUAUUAUCUUCACAUCAGUAAGCCAGCUCGUGGUAUAAUGAUUCUUUCAAAUGCAAUUAGUCUCUUGAUAAAAGAUGAACAACAUACCAUUACUUCCUUACACCCAUGUCUUUUUUGUUUAUGUCUUAAGGCUCGUAUACAUGAUCCAGCUAUACCAUUCUUACACCUUGGUGUAUUCAAAAUAUUUCAAGAGACCACAAACGAAAAUGACGCUUAUAUGGAUCCAAAAUGGGUGUUGUUAUAUUUUUAUUAUGGUGGUUUAUUAUAUGCAGUUUUGGGUUAUUACAGAAAAGCAUUUUUAAUGAUGCAGAAAGUUUGCUGCAUGCCUGCAGUUCUUCCCAGUCAUAUAAUGCUUCAAGCAUACAAGAAAUAUGUACUUUUCUCAUUAGUUUUGUCCGGUAAAGCAAGUGUACUGCCUAGUUACCGAUCUGCAGUAUUGACUCGUUUUGUCAUCCCACUUUGUCCUGAUUAUUUGGCUUUGGAAAAAAUAUGUGAAAGUGAAGAAGAGAACUUUGAUAAGUCGGGUGCUGUACUGGAGUAUUUAGAAGCCCAUUAUGUUGUAUUCGAAACGGAUAAAAAUGUGGGAUUAGUGAAACUUGUGGCCAGAAGCAUUCGCGAAAAUGCAGUGAAAAAUUUAUCCCGUUGUUUCACCUCCAUUUCGCUGUCCGAUGUAGUUCGACGAUGUUUUUUAAACAAUAUUAAUCAUGCGGAAUGGUACCUUUAUUCUAUGAGCAGAAAUGGAAGCAUUAAAGUUCGCAUUGAUAAAAAACGGAGCCUUGCUUAUUUCGAUGAAAUCAGAGUGGAUAUGGAAGACAAUUUAUUAGAUCAGAGAGCAAGCAAAAUAUACAAGUUAGAUGCAUUACUGAAGCAAUUUGAUGACGAGAUUCGCACUAGUCCUGAAUUUGUUUCUCGAAUUUUACGACCACCAGCUCGAGGAACUGCUUCAGUCCCAUCAGAUGAAAGUUUGGGGCAUCCUGGCUCUGUUUUUAUGCCUAAUCUUAAUGUUGGAGAUAUCGAAUCAGCGGCUGGCAGGCCCAUGGACAUGGUUGAUUGA